AUGCUGUGGCUCUCUGCCCUGCCAAAACUGUCGGAAGCAUUCGCUGGAAUCCAGAUGACAAUAGACCAGUUAAACGAGGCUCUGAAUGCUCGCAAUCAGGUUAUCAAGCAGCUUUUGCCCGCCGUUGACUUCGACAGUCUCCCCGGUCUGUCGAGAGAGAGUGUCAUCCGGCUGAUCAGCAACGAGGUUGAGGUCCAGACCCCUUCGCCAGCGGCCGACGGCGGCGUUGCCCGUGACGUCGUUGACGCUUCGCAUUCUUUCAGCGACAUACCAGCCGACGAAGAAGAAUGGAAUGAGGCCCAGAACGAGGAAGAUUCGGAGCCGCCAGUUGGCGAUGUUGUUAACGGCCUUGCUCUCCACCAGCGCCCCGGCUCUUACUCGCGCAUCUCCUCCACUGGUGCCUUCUUGCACGUCCUUUUUAGUAUAUGCCCCCCUGCAAAGCAAACGUUCUUGGACCUAGGAAAAUCUGCGUUUCAGAAACCAAAGCAGCUCGUCAUUCGGGGUUCAAGCAAAGAGUCUCCGCAAGCCGUGCAGAAUGUCAGCCCUGUAUCUUCAACGCUUUCCUCAUUGCCGUCUACUCAACAGAUAGUGGUCGAUGCGUAUUUCGAACAGAUCCACGCCCUGGUUCCGGUGGUGGAUGAAGCUCGCUUCCGAGAGGAUUUCUCCACCCAACAACGAACAGAUGACGGGUGGAGGGCGCUUUCAAGUAUGGUCCUGGCGUUAGGUUCCAUAGCAGCAGGAGACGACCAAUCUCACUUCAUUUACCACGAGCGGGCGCGGCAGGUUCUUGGAUACAAUAUGUUUACCUCAGGAAACCUGGAAAUGCUGCAAGCGUUAGUUCUCUUGAGCGGCUUGUACCUAUACUACAUCAAUUCGCCCAACACCGCCUUUCUGGUCAUGGGUACAGCGUUUCGAAUGGCCAUCGCAAUCGGUCUACAUCGCGAACCGGCCAGAACGAUAAAGCUCGGCCAGAACCCGGAUGAGGAAGCAUUGGCAUUGUCUCGAGCUGAAGUCAGACGGAGAACUUGGUGGAGCCUGAUCUGCGCUAACGCCUGGCAAGGGUUGUUGUUACAUCGUCCUAGGGUUGGAAGAUGGGAUCCGCUUACAAUGGACACUGCUUUGCCUAGUACCAAGCUCUCGUCGAGUUCUGCUCACUCUGAGAGUGUUGCACGGCAAGGACAAAUCGAGUCUGAUGACAGAGAUUGGCAUGGGAUAUCACUUCGCGUCACUGCCGAGUUUUGCAUCAUUGCUCAGAAAAUCGGAGACCGAAUGGCACAGCUAUCAUAUAUUACCCCCCGGGAAAUAUUCGCAUUCAGUGACGAACUCGAGAUCUGGAGCAAAUCCCAUCAUUUUCGCUUCUUGUCGGAGAAUUCAUGUCCAAAACGUUUCUGGUUAAGUCGGGAGACUAUGUUAUAUCGUUUCUUGGGUGUGCGCGUCCUGUUGUCGCGGCCACAUCUGAUGCGGCUGGCAGACGAUGGAAUGGCCCACAAUGCAUUCACAGACGAGGACUGGAAUGUCGUAUCACUCUGUCAAAAUUCAGCAAGUGAGGUUAUCGACCUGAUCUGUUCUGGCCUUCAUCACGAUAGAGUUUCAGUCUGGCACUCGACUUUCGCGCUUUUUCAGGCCUGCCUGAUUCCUCUACUCUCUAUCGCCGUGGCUAAGAAAUUGAGUCUAUAUGAUGAUGCCGCUGUCAAUGAAUGGAAACAGAGUCUGGAGGCCGCUAUACGUGCAUUCAAAGACAUGGCUCCCUAUACUAGGCCAGCGGACAGAUACGGCAGCAUUAUUGAGGCGCUGCGCGAUGGUAUCAUGGCUUGGAACGAUCAGCACUCUGAACUCGCUGUCGAUAUCGAUCAAUAUACAGAGUUUCUUGCGAAUAUCAGAUCGGGGAACGCGGCGGACUUUAUGAACUAUGACGGCCAGGACAUCACAGCGCCAGGUCCGUUCUUGGAGUGGUUCAAUUAUGAUCUUGCAUUUGGGGAUCAACAACUGAACUGGUACCCGCUCCCUGAUGUUUGA